UUAGUCUUGCAAUACAAACUAGUACGCGUGAUCAUAUGAUGGAUGAUGUAUGAAGAGAAUCAUGCAGAAAAAUAUGAAAAUACACAGAAAGUAUGCAAACAAAUUCAAAUGUAAAUAACAGAGAAAGAAGAUCCCAAAAACAUAAGGGUAGAUUCUCGGAAGGAAUUGGCACAACACAUGACUUCCAAUUCCGCGAUCCAACCAAUGUAACCCCACAAGCUCCGAUUCAUGCCAUAAACUCACUGUCUCUGGAUUUUGUUCAUCUCAGCAUUUUUUGAGUAAAUGUUAAGCUGAUCUUUAUGUCAAAAUGGGACAUCAAAAGAUGCAAAUGCAAACUGGUUUCAGCGCAAUAGAAGACCAAUCUGAGCUAUGUGGUGCCGGAUAUCAUCACAAAACUACUAUAGCAUGCAUGAUCAAUGCAGAAAUUGGUUCUGUUUUGGCAGUCAUGCGAAGAAAUGUUAGAUGGGGGGUUCAUUAUAUGUCAGAUGAUGACCAAUCAGAGCACUUUCUUGUUCAGUCUUUGAAGACACUGAGGAGGCAAAUUUUCAAUUGGCAGAAUCAAUGGCAUUCCAUCAACCCUGCUCUGUAUCUCCAGCCAUUUCUGGAUGUGAUUCAAUCAGAUGAAACUGGUGCACCAAUUACUGGUGUUGCUUUGUCAUCUGUUUACAAGAUCUUAACUCUGGACAUGAUUGAUCAAAACACUGUCAACGUUGGGGAUACCAUGCACUUGGUGGUUGAUGCUGUCACAAGUUGCAGAUUUGAGGUGACUGAUCCUGGAUCAGAAGAAGUGGUAUUAAUGAAGAUUUUACAAGUUCUUCUUGCAUGUGUGAAAAUUAAAGCUUCUGUAAUACUGAGUAACCAACAGGUUUGCACCAUUGUGAAUACUUGUUUCCGUAUAGUUCAUCAAGCAGGAACCAAAGGUGAGCUGUUGCAGCGGAUAGCACGGUACACAAUGCAUGAACUCGUUAGGUGUAUAUUCUCUCACCUUCAGGAUAUUGACAAUACAGAGAGUACAUUGAUAAAUGGGAGAACUACUUCAAAACAAGAGACCAGUGGGCUAAAUAAUGAGCAUGCUUCAGCAUGCAGAUCAUUGGGAAAUGGGAGCCUGAAUGCUGCAUCUGUUGGUCGACCAUUUCCCACAGACCUUGCUUCCAGUACUACACCUGUUGUUAGAGUAACUUUAAUGCCUGAAAAUACAACUAAUGCUAGCAGUGGCAAGGAAAUUGAUCCACUUGAAUUGCAGCUCAUGACUGAACGUUAUGGGGUUCCCUGUAUGGUGGAAAUAUUUCACUUCUUGAGUUCUUUGUUGAAUGUUGUUGAGCAUAUGGGGAAGAACUCUAGAUUAAACAAACUAACGUUUGAUGAAGAUGUGCCUCUUUUUGCCUUAACUUUGAUUAAUUCAGCCAUUGAGUUAGGAGGGCCUUCCUUUCACCGUCACCCUAGAUUGCUGAGUUUAAUUCAGGAUGAGUUAUUCUGUAAUCUUAUGCAAUUCAGUUCAUCAAUGAGCCCUCUUGUGCUUUCAAUGGUCUGUAGCAUUGUUCUCAAUUUGUACCACCAUCUUCGUACAGAACUCAAAUUACAGCUAGAAGCAUUUUUUUCUUGUGUAAUUUUUAGGCUUGCACAAAGCAAAUAUGGGGCUUCAUAUCAGCAACAGGAAGUUGUGAUGGAGGCGCUUGUUGAUUUUUGCAGGCAAAAGUCAUUCAUGGCAGAGAUGUAUGCUAACUUCGAUUGUGACAUUACUUGCAGUAAUGUGUUCGAAGACAUUACUAAUAUGUUGUCUAAAAGUGCAUUUCCUGUGAAUAGUCCAUUAUCUUCCAUUCAUAUUCUUGCCCUGGAUGGUCUUACUGCUGUAGUGCAGGGAAUUGCCGAUAGGAUAGGUAAUGGAUCUGUAAAUUCAGAACAGUCUCCUGUGAAUUUUGAACAGUUUACACCAUUCUGGCAGGAAAAGUGUGAAAGUUUUGAUGACCCAAAUGCAUGGGUUCCUUUUGUCCGCCGAAGAAAGUGCUUCAAGAAAAGAUUGAUGAUUGGAGCUGAUCAUUUCAAUCGUGAUGUUAAGAAAGGUCUUGAAUUUCUCCAAGGAACACAUAUUUUGCCUGACAAACUUGAUUCUGAAAGUGUUGCCUACUUUUUUAGAUACACCACUGGGUUGGACAAGAAUCUCAUUGGUGAUUUCCUUGGAAAUCAUGAUGAAUUCAGUGUUCAGGUUCUUCAUGAGUUUGCUAGAACGUUUGAUUUCCAAAAUAUGACCUUAGACACAGCCCUGCGUCUAUUUUUGGAGACUUUUAGGCUUCCUGGAGAAUCACAGAAAAUACAUAGGGUGCUUGAAGCUUUCUCUGAGAGCUACUAUGAGCAGUCGCCACAUAUCCUUGCUAACAAGGAUGCUGCUCUUGUGCUGUCAUACUCUAUUAUAUUGCUCAAUACAGAUCAGCACAAUGCGCAGGUCAAAAAGAGGAUGACAGAAGAGGAUUUUAUCAGGAAUAAUAGGCGUAUAAAUGGUGGCAAUGAUCUGCCUCGAGAAUUCCUAUCAGAGAUUUACCGUUCAAUUUGUAAGAAUGAAAUCCGCAUAACCUGUGAGCCAGGCUUUGUAUCUCCUGAGAUGACAUCAAAUCAGUGGAUUUCUCUGAUGCACAAGUCAACUGCUCCAUUCAUUGUAUCUGAUUCCAGAGCAUACCUAGAUUAUGACAUGUUUGUUAUACUGUCAGGCCCGACAAUUGCUUCCAUUUCUGUGGUAUUUGAUAAUGCUGAAAAUAAAGAGGUAUGCCAAACAUGUAUAGAUGGAUUCCUAGCUAUUGCAAAGAUAUCAGCUUACUAUCAACUAGAAAACGUACUUGAUGAUCUGGUUGUGUGCCUCUGUAAGUUCUUCACCAUUUUGGAUCCAUUAUCAGUUGAGGAAUCUGUCUUAGCCUUUGGAGAUGACACAAAAGCAAGAAUGGCAACUGAGACAGUUUUCACUAUUGCAAGUAGGUAUGGUGAUUACAUCCGCACAGGGUGGAGGAAUAUCCUUGAUUGCAUCUUAAAAUUGCACAAGUUAGGCCUUCUUCCUACUAAUAUAGCCAGUGAUACAGCUAGCACGUCAGAGCUUUCUACAGAAAAUGGACAUGGGCCCAAUUCAAAUUCUUUAUCAUCAACUCAUCGUCGAUCUAUUAGCACUCCAAAGAGAUCUUCAGGAUUAUUCAGAAGGUUUAGUCAACUCUUAUCUCUUGGCACUGAAGAGUUAAUAUCAAUACCAACUGAAGAACAACUGUUUGCUCAUCAGCAAGCUGUACAAACAAUUCACAAGUGUCACAUUGACAACAUAUUCAUUGAGAGUAAAUUUCUGCAAGCUGAAUCUCUGAUGCAGCUUGCAAGAGCUCUCAUUAAUGCUGGAGCUCAACGGCAGAAAAGGAACAAAAUAUCUGAGGAUGAAGAUGCUUCAGUUUUUUGUCUGGAGUUACUGAUAGCAAUCACUCUGAAUAACAGGGAUAGAAUUGGACUUCUUUGGAAGAGUGUUUAUGAGAACAUAUCUAAUAUUGUUAAAUCAACUGUGAUGCCUUGUGCACUGGUAGAAAAAGCUGUUUUUGGACUUCUUAGGAUAUGCCAUCGCUUACUUCCCUACAAAGAGAACAUUACUGAUGAACUUUUGAGGUCUCUGCAGCUUAUCUUGAAGCUUGAUGCUCUGGUUGCAGAUGCAUACUAUGAGAAGAUUACACAGGAGGUCUGUCGCCUUGUUAAGGAAAAUGCUUCUCAUAUUAGGUCUCAUUUAGGAUGGUGCACAGUUACAUCACUGCUCUUGAUCACUGCAAGACAUCUUGAAGCAUCUGAGGCUGGAUUCGAUACGCUGUUGUUUAUUAUGUCUGAUGGAGCUCACUUGCUCCCUGCUAAUUAUAUUCUCUGUGUGGAUGUUGCAAGGCAGUUUGCUGAGUCUCGUGUAGGACUGGUAGACCGGUCAGUUGUAGCACUAGAUCUUAUGGCAGAUUCUGUCAAUUGUUUAGAGAAGUGGACUAAUGAUGCGAAGCAAGCAGCCAAAGAAGAGGAAGUGGAAAGUAUGUUGCAGGAUAUUGGGGAAAUGUGGUUAAGGUUAGUACAGGGAAUAAGGAAAGUAUGUUUGGACCAAAGAGAGGAGGUUAGGAAUCACGCGGUGUUAUCUUUGCAGAAGUGCAUGACAGGAGCAGUUGGUACUCAUCUUCCAUGUGAUUUGUCGUUUCAGUAUUUUAAUCAAGUGAUCUUCACCUUGCUGGAUGACCUGCUUGAAAUUUCUCAGACAUACCCUCAAAAGGAAUACCGGAACAUGGAAGGAACACUUAUUGUUGCCUUGAAGCUCUUAUUUGAAGUUUUCCUCCAGUUACUCCAAGAACUAUCACAAUCCGAAGCCUUCUGCAAACUAUGGGUGGGUGUGCUAAGCCGUGUGGAAAAAUGUGUGAAGAUGAAAGGUAGGGGAUGGAGAAGUGAGAAGUUUCAAGAGCUUGUGCCUGAGCAUCUGAAGAAAACUUUGCUUGUUAUGAAAUCAGGCGGCAUACUAGUUAAGAGCGCCGGCUUAGGUGAAAACAGUUUGUGGGAACUGACAUGGCUACAUGUGAAAAAUAUUGCUCCAUCCUUGCAGUCUGAGGUGUUCCCUGAGCAAGGUUCAGAACAGUUGAAGUUGCAGCACAAACAGAUUGAAACAGUUGGAAGUUUGGAACCUGAUGCAAACAUUUAUGUUCCUUCAAAUGAAACAGUGGGCCAAGAUGGUGCUGGUAUUGGUUAGUUCUACUUCUACCUGCAGUGCCUAGCCUACCUGAAUUGCCUUUUCAGUGUCCCAAAUAACACACCCAUGAUCACUGUCCACCCUUGAUAGAUUUAUUUUUUCUACCUUGAGGUUGUCUGGGUGAUUCAUCAGAAUAUAUGACAUCUUUUUACUAUACUAUCCUAGUGAGAUUUUUGGUUAAAGAUAUGUACAGAACAUCCUCUCUUCUUCCCCUCAUGGGGCAGUUCUGUUAACUGCAAAUUUUCCUCAAAUAUUAGUGUUGUGUUGCUAUAUUGUACAGAACUUGAAAUUGUUAUCCUAGUCUUAGCUGGUAAUUGCUGAAGUUUUGAGAUGCUCAUUAAAUAUACACACAUUUGAAUGUCCAAAA